AUGUCUGAUCUUAUAAUCUUUGUAAAGAUUAUGGACAAUGAGCCAGAGCCAUUCGAAGUAAAUGAUAAUUCAACAAUAGAAGAAUUAAUUUGUUGCAUUGCCACAAAAUACAAUUAUGAUCCUGCUGACAUUUCAAUUCUUUUAGAUGACAAGGAAUUACCUGCAUCCACUGUAAUUUCAACUUUAGAUUUAUCUAAUAUUGUUUACUUUGAUGCAAAAAUUGGACAAGAAAAAGAUCAAUUUAUUGAUAUGAUGUUCGAUGCCGAAGAACAAAAGAGGAUAGAAGCUCAAAUCAGACAAGAAAAUAUCGAUCAUAACCUCCAAUAUGCCUACGAAAACAAUCCAGAAAAUUUCAUAGUUUAUUCUAGUCCAUUUAUUAAGUGUUCAAUCAAUGGAGUUGAAGUAGUUGCUCUUAUUGAUACUGGUGCUCAGUCCUCAAUCAUUCCUCAUGCUUUAGCAAAGAAAUGUAACGUUAAAUACCUUAUUGAUGCAAGAUAUCGAACUCUUACUAAAGGUGUUGGUAUGCAAACAUCUAAGGGUGUUAUUCAUGGCUUAAACGUUAAAGUUGGCAACGAAGUUUGGACAAAUAGGUUUGUAGUUUUAGAUGACACUUUAGACCACGCUAUUCUUGGUAUUGAUUGGUUAAAGAAGAAUAGAGCACUUAUCGAUCUUGCACAAAAUUGUUUAAUUCUACAUGGUCAAAAAGUUCCAUUAUUUGACCGCAAUGAAUGCAAUUAA